AUGGGCGCGCCGGCGUACGGCGCCGUGCUGCUCCUCGCCCUCGCGCUGGCCACGGCCGCGACCGCCGCCGACACGGCGCCGCGGGAGGAACCCACAUUGCCCUCCACGCCCGCCGCAGCAUCAGCCGACGCUGCCGCCGUCGCCGGGUCCGGCGCGGGGAUCAGCUCCAACUCGGUCCUCGUGGCCCUUCUCGACUCGCACUACACGGAGCUCUCGGAGCUGGUGGAGAAGGCGCUGCUGCUGCAGACGCUGGAGGACGCGGUGGGGCGGCACAACGUCACCAUCUUCGCGCCCCGGAACCAGGCCCUGGAGCAGGACCUCGACGCGGAGUUCAAGCGCUUCCUGCUCGAGCCCCGCAACCUGAAAUCCCUCCAGACCCUCCUCCUCUUCCACGUCCUCCCCGCCCGCCACCCGGCGGGCGCCUUCCCCGCCGCCGCGGGCUCCCACGCCACGCUCUCCGGCGAGGACCUCGAGCUGGCCGCCGGCGCCAACGGCACCCUCCGCGUGGCCCACUCCGCCGUCACGCGCCCGGACGCCGUGCUCCGGCCCGACGGCGUCAUCCACGGCAUCGAGCGCCUCCUCAUCCCCCGCUCCGUGCAGGAGGACUUCAACCGCCGGCGCAGCCUGGCCGCGAUCUCGGCCGUCCUCCCCACGGGAGCCCCCGAGGUGGACCCGCGCACGCACCGCCUGAAGAAGCCCGCGCCACCCGUCCUCCCCGGCGCACCCCCAAUCCUCCCCGUCUGGGACGCCAUGGCGCCCGGCCCCUCCAUCGCGCCGGCCCCCGCGCCCGGGCCCGGCAACGGCAAGUCCCACUUCGACGGCCACAGCCAGGUCAAGGACUUCAUCCAAACCCUCGUCCUCUACGGCGGCUACAACGAGCUCGCCGACAUCCUCGUCAACCUCACCUCGCUCGCCACCGAGAUGGGCCGCCUCGUCUCCGAGGGCUACGUGCUCACCGUGCUGGCCCCCAACGACGAGGCCAUGGCGCGCCUCACCACCGACCAGCUCAGCGAGCCGGGAUCCCCCGAGAACAUCCUCUACUACCACAUGAUCCCCGAGUACCAGACCGAGGAGAGCAUGUACAACGCCGUGCGCCGCUUCGGCAAGGUGCGCUACGACACGCUGCGCCUGCCGCACAAGGUCGUCGCCAGGGAGGCCGACGGCUCCGUCAAGUUUGGACAGGGCGAGGGCUCCGCAUACCUCUUCGACCCGGACAUCUACACCGACGGCAGGAUCUCCGUGCAGGGCAUCGACGCCGUGCUGCUCCCGGAGGACGACACCAAGCCCUCCACGCCCAUCGCCGCCGCACCCGUCAGGAAGGCGCCCGCAGUCACCGGUACCAGCAGGAGCAAAUUCCGGCGAGGCAAGCUGUUGGAGGCAACGUGCACAAUGGCUGGAGUCUUUGGUCAGCGAUCGCGAUUAGCGAGCUGCCAGUAGGAGAAGAAGAAGAUUGAUCUCAUGAUUGAUACCGAAACACGACCUGGAAUGAGCCGACGAUGGGCUGUGCUUUGGACAUGGGGCCGUCCACGAUAUUGUUGUUCUUUUUUGUUUAUUAUUAUAUGAAUAAUCAAUCGGGUGGGGAAUGUAAAACUGGUGGUUGUUGGUGUGUCCGAAAGAAAAAAGAAUUGUUUAUACUUGAAGGCCAAGAAUCUUCUGUGUAUAGGAGUUAAGCUCUUUUCUUGUUCGUUUGCCA